AUGGAUGCCGAGAACUUCGCCAAACUCACCACCAUCUUAGACCUCCUCGACCGCUACAAGAAAAAUCUCGCGCAGGCCGUGCAACUCGAGACGCCUGUGCAGUCGCAACGCGUGCUGCGUUCAGGACGCACUCUUUCCAAGCGGUCUACGCGUUCAGAAGGUAUAUUUGGCUUCGGCAACGCCAAUGACGGCCCGAAGCCAUCGGAUGUGGUGGCGCAUGCCCAGGAGCGGCGCAAAACAGUCAACCGCGCUCAGACGCUCCUCUUCAGGAGGCGGACGAGGCUACGAAAUUCCUUUCCCAGCUUGUCAGAACCCACAAGCAAAACUGUAUCUAUUUCGCGCCUCGAUGAUGACCUGAAGGACUGCGUUGUCAGCAGGGGGAUGAUGAAAAUCUUUGAGAGCAGGCAGAGCACAGACAAACGCAGCUCACGGGAUUCUGAGUGUGAGGCGCAAAGUGACUACCUCGACUACCUGACUGAAAAGAGCUUCGGGCCCCCCGAUGUUGACUGGGAAGAUCCACAAUGGGAUGCUGCGGCGCCUUCUGUUAGUUUAGAGAACAUGAAAACUGAAGACUACGCGAGUCUGCGGCCUCAGAUAUUGGGCCAAUUGUUUGACAAAAUUCUCGACUGUCUGCAGAACGACUUCGAUGAAUUAGUCGGAAAGCUGAAAGAACAGAAUGUUCACCUAAAACAAGACGUCAUCUCCUUGAGAAAGAAACUGCAAGAUGCCGUGGAGACUAAUGACGAUCAGGUGCAAGAGUUGAAAGAGAUGACAGAUCGCAUCGCCUAUUUAGAGACGGAGGGCCGGGAACUUACUCGGCAGCUGAGUACCCUUGAGACGCGCAUCAAGGCAUACCAGGAUAACCAGAAAGACCUGGCGAAGCUGGAAGAAGAGAAGCAGAAGCUGAGCGUUGAAUGCGCCUCUUUGCAGGAGUUGAUAAAGAAGCUGACGCUGCAGGUGAGUGCGCAAGAUUCUGAGAAGUUGUCGGAGUUGGCGCAGGAGUUGAUGACAUUGAAGGAGAAAGAAGAAGAGAUAAAAUCUUUAAAAAGAGAUCUAAGCAAAAAAGAUCGCCUACUUGAAUCCAUCAAUGCAACUCUAACCACCCAGCCAUUCCCUGCUGCUCUAGAUUCACUGAGAGCAGCAGACACUGCCAGCAGGCAGGCAACACCAAGAGGAUCCUUCGUACACAUGUUCAGCUCCGCAUCCAGCCCCAGGAGAACUUCUGUCAAGAAUCUCCUCGCGACGCCUCAAUUCCCCUCCUCGGAGCCCGGCCUCUCCUUGGCUACUGAGCUGCAGCUCAGCAAGCUACCCAGUGUAACGCGCAGACUGGUGGAGGUGCAGGCGAAGCUGGGGUCUACUCUGGCUGAGCUGGAGGCGCUGCGGGAGUCUAACGAAUCGCUUAGAACAGAGCUCGAUCAGAUUCGCAAAGAAAUGGAGGAGAAAGAUGCAGCGACGCAGCAGAAGAUGCAGGUACACAGCAGCAACAGAAUGGGGAGGGGGGUGCUGCGGGUUUGCUGCCCUUGA